AUGUCUGAACCAGAGAGCCCCGCUCAGGUCCCCGAGGGCCAGCCGAACCCUGUGAUCGUGGGUCCUGGGCUGAAGGCCCUCGAAAAGGAUGCGUAUGCCCAUGCGACGAGUGCGACGCCUGCGAUAGAUUCCUCAUCGAGCGAGGUGCCGUCAUACUUCGCCAGCCUCCCGGGGGCCCAGGAUGAACCCACCGAGUUAUCAGGCAUCGCCUCGCCCGUGCAGGCCGCAAGGAAAGCGUCAUCGGGCAGGGAUUUGCUACGCCGGUUAAGCUUGACCGCGGAGUCGGCGACCUUGCCCCCAAUCGAUCCGCGCAUGGAGCACCCGGGGCUGAAUCUCAGCGGUCGUCUUAUCAGUGCCACAUUCUGUAUCCCCUACAAACUCAACUUCCAACCAGGGUCGGACUGGACGCUCAAGUCACGAUCGGGCACCUCGGCCUUAUUCGAUUCAUUCGCACACCUAGCCUCGGAUGAGACGCCAUGGUCACACACCUUAGUCGGCUGGACGGGGGAGGUCGAACCGAAAUUGGAAGUAAAGUCUGCAUUGCAGCCGGUUGACCCAAAUGCCACGAGCCAGAUCUCGCCCCCCAACAACUCAAUCACUCAGCCACUGAACAAAGCUGCUGCACCGGUUCCCGUCGACGCAACCAAGCAGGCUCCGGCUCACCCGUUGGUGGAGGGCAUUCACGUCACUCAGCAGGACCGGGAGCGACUGGAUGAGCAGCUGAGCUCCGGGCGUCAUGGGCGGGUCCUGCCCGUGUGGCUAUCGGAUGUCGUCGAGGAGCCCCAAGAGACCAUCGUUCUCAAAGAUCAGGGUCGGUGGCGCCGCUAUGCUGAACGCGAGCUAUACCCGUUGCUCCACUACAAGCAGCAUGGCCCGACAGACGGCCGAUCCGAGCGCCGGUGGUGGGGCGACUACCUUCGCCUGAAUCAGCUUUUCGCCGAUCGCAUCGCGGAGGAAUACCAGGAGGGAGACGUUGUGUGGGUCCACGACUAUCACCUCUUCCUCCUGCCCAGCCUGCUGCGGCAGCGCAUCCCCAACAUAUAUGUGGGCUUCUAUCUACACGCGCCUUUCCCCAGCAGUGAGUUCGUCCGAUGCCUUGCGAAGCGCAAGGAGAUUCUAGAGGGAGUACUGGGGGCCAACAUGAUUGGGUUCCAAACCUUCUCCUACUCCCGACACUUUACCUCCUGCUGUACUCGCGUUUUGGGCUUCGAGUCGAACUCGGCCGGGGUCGACGCCUAUGGGGCUCACGUCGCAGUCGAUGUUUUCCCCAUCGGAAUCGACGCUCGUGCGAUUCAAAAAGCUGCCUUUGGAGCGCCAGACAUUGAAAAGGCUGUACAGGGGAUUCGGAAGCUUUACGCCGGAAAGAAAAUCAUCGUCGGCCGUGAUCGACUGGAUAGUGUUCGAGGAGUUGCGCAAAAACUGCAGGCUUUCGAGAUCUUCCUCGAGCGUUAUCCCGAGUGGCGCGAGAAGGUCGUUCUCAUCCAGGUCACAAGUCCGACCAGCGUGGAAGAGGAGAAAGAGGAUCCGAACAACAAAAUUGCAGGCCAGAUCUCGAAUUUGGUCUCGACCAUUAACGGGAGAUUUGGCUCUUUGAGCUUUGCCCCUGUCCAGUAUUAUCCGCAGUACUUGUCCCCGCGAGAGUAUUUCGCUUUGCUGCGAGUGGCAGAUGUCGGACUGAUUACCACGGUGCGAGAUGGCAUGAACACGACGAGUCUAGAGUAUAUCGUUUGCCAACAGACCAACCAUAGCCCUCUGAUUCUCUCCGAAUUCUCUGGUACUGCAGGAACGCUGCCCAGUGCCAUUCACAUCAACCCGUGGGAUCUUGUCGGCGUGGCUGGGGCUAUCAAUCAGGCCCUAAACAUGCCCUCCGAUCAGCGAAAAGACCAACACUUGAAGCUUUACAAGCAUGUGGUCACCAACACCGUUGCCAUGUGGGCCAAGCAGUAUCUUCAUCGCUUGCUGACCAACCUGUCGUCCUUUGAUCAGUCCGUCGCCACACCCGCUCUCGAUCGUGGGAAACUAAUAAAACAAUACCGCAAAGCUCGCCGACGUCUCUUCAUGUUUGAUUAUGACGGCACCCUGACGCCCAUCGUCAAGGAUCCUCAAGCCGCGAUCCCCUCUGAUCGGGUCCUGCGCACGCUCAAGAGCCUGUCGGCCGAUCCCCGCAAUGCAGUCUGGAUUAUCAGUGGACGAGACCAGGCUUUCUUGGACGAGUGGAUGGGCCACAUUCCGGAACUCGGACUGAGUGCCGAGCAUGGCUGUUUCAUCCGACAACCUGGCUCGGACGACUGGGAGAAUCUGGCGGAACGAACUAACAUGGGCUGGCAGAAGGAAGUCGUUGACGUCUUCCAACACUAUACUGAACGAACACAGGGCUCCUUCAUUGAACGGAAACGAGUCGCCUUGACUUGGCACUACCGCCGAGCAGACCCGGAGUACGGUGCUUUCCAGGCUCGCGAAUGUCGGAAGGAGCUGAAGGACACUGUUGCCCAGCGGUGGGAUGUCGAGGUCAUGGCCGGCAAGGCCAACCUGGAGGUGCGACCGACUUUCGUCAACAAGGGAUUCAUCGCCACCCGGCUGGUCAACGAAUAUGGCCCUGCACCUGGGAAGGCUCCGGAGUUUGUUUUGUGUCUGGGGGAUGAUUUCACCGAUGAAGACAUGUUCCGUGCCCUUAAGAAGACUGAUCUGCCCCAGGACCAUGUGUUCUCCGUGACUGUCGGAGCCAGUUCCAAGCAGACUGACGCCAGUUGGCAUUUACUAGAGCCCGCCGAUGUCAUUGGGUCCAUCCAGAUGCUUCUCAGCAAUGCCCCGGAUCGACGAGAGUGA